AUGGUUCCCUCUUUUUAUUUUAUAUAAAUUCAAUCUAUUCUAUCAUAAAAUUCAGAAAGCUCUUACAAAGCUUCCUACAAAACCAAAUCUAUUUCUCUCUCCCUUUCUCUCUAUAUAACAUUAUAAACUAUACAGAAGCAUAUAAAAUAAACCAAAAGGACUAAGCCAAAAUUUUCGGUAUCUUCUGCACAAAACUCCAUUGUCUUUUUCUCCUUAUGCUUUUGCUUUUCUCUAAUCUCUGCAAAAACCCACCGAGUUCAUGUCCUUUUUGCUAUAUUCACGACGCGUAUAACCAUUUCUGUAUAGUAAUAUAAUAUUCACCACGUCCACUCCCACCAACAAUUGAGUUUUUUUUUCUUUUUUAAUUUUUUGUAAGUACAUUUUCUACAUAUAUUUAUUUUUUUGCUAAUUCAUUUUCAGUAUUGUAAUUGUGCUUUGAUUGGGAUCAAAUGAGGGAGAUACCUCGCCAUGAACGCCGAUGGACAUCGGAUACAGUAUCUUCCAGCAAGGAUGCAACUAAUGAAUCAUCACCGGCGGUGACUGAUUCCGGGAGUAAUUUUGUUUCCGAGGAGUUUGUUGAAGUCAUACUUGAUCUUCAGGAUGACGAUACGAUAAUUUUACGAAGCGUUGAACCAGCUACUGUAAUCAACAUUGAUGUUCCUGAUUCAAUGGAAACUCCGUCGUCCGUGACAUCUACAUCGGAAACUCGAUCGCCGACGAUGCGUCGGAGUACGUCGAAUAAAUUCCGUCAAUUCUCACAGGAAUUGAAAGCUGAAGCCGUAGCGAAAGCGAGGCAGUUUUCGCAGGAGCUGAAAGCGGAGCUACGGAGAUUUUCAUGGAGUCAUGGACAUGCGUCGCGUGCGUUUUCACCGGCGUCGUUUUUCCAAAACGGAAACGGUAACGGUAACGGCGUGGAUUCGGCUUUAGCGGCGCGAGCAUUACGGCGGCAGCGCGCUCAGCUUGAUCGGACUCGUUCAAGUGCGCAAAAAGCUCUGCGUGGACUUAAAUUUAUCAGCAAUAAUAAAACAAAUGGAUGGAGUGAAGUUGAAAAUAAUUUUGCUAAGCUUACUAAAGAUGGUUACCUUCAUCGCUCCGAUUUCGCACAAUGCAUCGGUAUGAAGGACUCGAAGGAAUUUGCAUUGGAAUUAUUUGAUGCAUUGAGUAGAAGAAGGAGAUUAAAGGUUGAUAAGAUUAGCAAAGAGGAAUUAUACGAAUAUUGGUCACAAAUCACCGAUCAGAGUUUCGAUUCUCGGCUUCAGAUCUUCUUCGAUAUGGUGGACAAGAAUGAAGAUGGUCGAAUUGCUGAAGAGGAAGUAAAAGAGAUCAUCAUGCUAAGUGCCUCAGCAAACAAAUUAUCAAGAUUAAAAGAACAAGCAGAGGAGUAUGCAGCUUUGAUCAUGGAAGAAUUAGAUCCUGAAGGACUUGGCUACAUUGAGUUAUGGCAGCUAGAAACACUUCUCCUCCAAAAGGACACUUACCUCAAUUACAGUCAAGCACUAAGCUACACAAGCCAAGCCUUAAGCCAAAACCUGCAAGGGUUAAGGAAGAGAAGUUCAAUAAAAAGAAUGAGCACAAUACUUGUCUAUUGGUUUCAAGAAAACUGGAAGAGAAUUUGGGUUCUUGCAUUGUGGAUUUUGGUAAUGAUUGGGCUCUUUCUCUGGAAGUUCUAUCAGUACAAACAGAAAAGUGCAUUUCAAGUCAUGGGUUAUUGCCUUCUCACGGCUAAGGGUGCUGCUGAGACUCUCAAGUUCAACAUGGCUUUAAUACUGUUGCCAGUAUGCAGGAAUACCAUUACAUGCCUCAGGUCCACUAAGUUGAGCAGUUUUGUACCCUUUGAUGACAAUAUCAACUUUCACAAGACUGUCGCUGCAGCCAUUGUUACUGGUAUCAUACUCCAUGCCGGUAACCACCUUGUAUGUGAUUUCCCAAAACUUAUACAUGCAAAUUCUACAGAUUAUCAGAAAUAUUUGGUGAAUGAUUUCGGCCCAAGUAAGCCUCGGUACAUAGAUCUUGUUAAAGGAGUUGAGGGUGUGACGGGACUUAUAAUGGUAAUCCUCAUGGCCAUUGCUUUCACUCUUGCAACGCGAUGGUUUAGGCGGAGCCUCAUUAAGCUUCCCAAACCUUUUGAUAGACUCACUGGCUUCAAUGCAUUUUGGUAUUCGCACCACCUUCUUGUCAUUGUCUACAUCCUGCUGGUCAUCCAUGGCACGUUUCUCUUUCUUGUGCAUAAAUGGUACUCCAAGACGACAUGGAUGUAUCUAGCUGUUCCUGUACUUCUCUACGCAGGGGAAAGAACUCUUAGAUUCUUCCGAUCAGGCUUGUACACAGUCCGUCUUCUAAAAGUGGCAAUAUAUCCUGGAAAUGUCCUCACUCUGCAAAUGUCUAAGCCUCCGCAAUUUCGAUACAAGAGUGGGCAAUACAUGUUUGUCCAGUGUCCAGCUGUUUCUCCAUUCGAGUGGCAUCCAUUUUCCAUUACUUCAGCUCCUGGGGAUGACUACUUGAGCAUUCACAUCCGGCAACUUGGUGACUGGACUCAAGAGCUCAAAAGGGUGUUUUCCGAGGCUUGUGAGCGGCCAGAACCGGGAAAGAGUGGCUUGCUCAGAGCUGAUGAAAACACCAAAACAAGUUUGCCAAAGCUAUUAAUAGAUGGACCUUACGGCGCUCCAGCACAAGAUUACCGAAAGUAUGAUGUCUUACUGCUUGUUGGUCUUGGCAUCGGAGCGACGCCCUUUAUAAGUAUCCUAAAAGACUUGCUCAAAAACAUCGUCAAAAUGGAGGAACAAGCAGAUUUAGUCUCAGAUUUCAGUGGGAACUCAGACACGAGCGCUGCAACAAGCGAACAACCAGCUCUGAACAAGAUUUCUCCAAAAAAGAGAAAGAGUACUCUAAGAACCACAAAUGCAUAUUUUUAUUGGGUGACCCGGGAGCAAGGAUCGUUUGAUUGGUUCAAAGGUGUUAUGAACGAAGUGGCUGAACUUGAUCAACGGGGAGUCAUCGAGAUGCAUAAUUACUUGACUAGCGUUUAUGAGGAAGGGGAUGCACGUUCAGCUCUCAUUACCAUGGUCCAGGCGCUUAACCAUGCUAAGAACGGGGUUGAUAUUGUAUCAGGCACCAGGGUGAGGACACAUUUUGCCAGGCCAAAUUGGAAGAGAGUAUUUUCCAAGACCUUAACCAAGCAUGCAAAUGCAAGAAUAGGAGUUUUUUACUGCGGUGCACCCAUAUUAGCGAAAGAACUCAGCAAACUCUGCAAAGAGUUUAACCAAAAGGGCACAACAAAGUUCGAGUUUCACAAAGAACAUUUUUAGAAUGACCUGGAGAACAAUUCUUGCAUCAAGAGGCACACACAUUGGUAAACCAGUAUUUACUACAUCCAUCUUCCAUCAGUACAUGAUUAAUUGAUUCUACUGAAGAUAUAGCAUCAGUAAGCAAUAAGUCAGAGACUAAUUGUACAUAAUAGGAGAAAGAGUAUCUCAAGAGAAAAUACAUACUAAUAUGAUAUGUGUAUAGAUUUUACAAAAUUAAGUCAUCUGUUUUCACAUAAACAAUCAGAACUCCAAAAGGGAGACUCUGGUCUACUUUGGUCAGAUGACUUAGAAUGUGGAAGAACAGAAAAAAGAUGACAAGUGAAUGUUCAGAAUGCACAUGAAGAAUGAGAAUAUUGGGAAACAGCUAAUAAGAAGUUGACCUUCUUGACACACUCUGAAAAUGGCAAGCAUGAAAGGACAGAAACUCAUGGCCUGGAUGGGAAAAUAAUACUCAUACAAUUUUGAAAGAAGAAGAUAAUGAUAGAAGGUCUAGUGGGGGACUGAUAGCUUUUUUGGUGGAACACAUAAUUUUGAGGUGGGCCAAGGGAAUCCUUCCAGAAAAUGUCCAUGUACUGCUACUUUUUCUCCUUUUUUUUUUUUUUUUUUCAGCUUUUUGAGUAUUUUUACCCAACAAAUUUAUAUCAAGGGGUAUUUUAAUAUACUAUUUAUAAGAUAAAGAGGAUAGAAAAUAUGUGUAUAUGCAAUUCUUGUUGGUAAAGUUUCUCUGUAGUAGCUCUUCAAUUUGGAGAAAGGUACUAUCAAAGGGAAAAUAUAAUCACUUACAUUGGAUUUCUUUUAAA